GAUCCGGAGCGGAAAUUCCUCUCCGUUUUUGUGAAUGACAAACUCAUUAACAAUUCAUCAACAUGGGCCGCUCCAUCCGGCCCCCGUUUCCAAGGCGACCGCGGCUGGGGCUUCUCUGAUUGGCCGGGCCGCAUCAUGUAUCCAAUGAAACGCCUCCUGUUUGUAGCCAUUCAGCAGCCUGGCGCCGCAGAGAGCGCAUCGAGCCAGAGCCUGCAGAGAGUCUAUUCACACCGCAGACAGCGGGGGGGACAGGCGGCAUCCGCAGGCGCAAAUAUACGUACGAAAGCCGCGCGGUUCAGACACCCUCUGCCCCAGCUUUCUGCUCCGGAUCUCCAGAAAGGAGGAUACAGGAGGACAGAGGAGGAAGACGGCUGCGCUCGGAGCGGUGGAGUUAUAUAAGAGCCGCGGAAGCGUCAGGCGCGUCGCAGGGCCGGUGUGACUCAUUGAUAAAUACACGGGCUCUCCGGCCAGAUGCAUGAAUGACAGCCAGUGAGAGCAGCCGGGAAAUCUGUGAAGGAGACGCGUUGUGUUGACGCGACUGGUCCCGCAGCGCAUUGCAGGACGCUCGGAGUGAGAACCGAUUUGUCUGAUUUUGGACCUUUUUUCCCGUUUUUGUGUCGCUGCGGGCCCUCCGAGCGGCGGACUGAAGAAGAUAUCCCAGACUGGUGGUCGGUUGCUCGCCUCCUUCCCGCUGCAGCCAGGAAGCCCCCAGCUCUCCGCGCCUCGCUUCUUCAGAUCAUUUUUUUGACUCCUGCCUAUAAAUGCUUGACAAGCUCAAGCCCGUCGUCCAGCUCGACUCGGUAAUGGCGAUCAGCAAGACGGUGGGCUGGCUCCGGGAGCAGCUGGAGACGCGCAGGGACGGCCUGCUUGUGAUGGACUGCCGGGCCCAGGAGCUCUACGAGUCGUCGCACGUCGACACGGCGAUCAACGUGGCCAUACCGAGCCUCAUGCUCCGCCGGCUCAAGAAGGGCAACCUGCCCGUGCGGUCGCUGCUCUCCGACGGCGAGGACCGGGAGAAGUUCGUGCGCCGAUGCAAGACCGACACCAUCGUCCUGUACGACGAGUACAGCCGGGAGUGGAACGAGAACGUGGACGGGGGCUCUGUGUUGGGUUUACUGCUGAGGAGGAUGAAGGACGAAGGCUACAAGGCCUAUUAUCUGGAGGGUGGCUUCAGUAAAUUCCAGGCCGAGUAUCCGGCUCUGUGCGAGACCAACCUGGACGGCUCCUCCAACAGCAGCUCCCCCACCGCCCAGGUGCUGGGCCUCGGCGGGCUGCGCAUCAGCUCCGACUCCUCGGACAUCGAGUCGGACAUAGACCGGGACCCGAGCAGCGCCACGGACUCGGACGGCAGCCCGCUGUCCAACCCGCAGCCCUCCUUCCCGGUGGAGAUCCUGCCGCACCUCUACCUGGGCUGCGCCAAGGACUCCACCAACCUGGAUGUGCUGGAGGAGUACGGCAUCAAGUACAUCCUCAACGUGACUCCCAACCUGCCCAACCUCUUCGAGAACGCAGGGGAGUUUAAGUACAAGCAGAUCCCGAUCUCGGAUCACUGGAGCCAGAAUCUGUCUCAGUUCUUCCCCGAGGCCAUCAGCUUCAUUGAUGAGGCUCGGGGCCAGAAGUGUGGCGUCCUGGUCCACUGCCUGGCCGGCAUCAGUCGCUCGGUCACUGUAACGGUGGCCUACCUGAUGCAGAAGCUCAACCUGUCCAUGAACGACGCCUACGACAUCGUCAAGAUGAAAAAGUCCAACAUCUCGCCCAACUUCAACUUCAUGGGCCAGCUCCUGGACUUCGAGCGCACGCUGGGCCUGAAGAGCCCGUGCGACAACCGCAUCGCAGCGCCGAGCCAGCCGCUGUACUUCACCACCCCGACCAACCACAACGUCUUCCAGCUGGACCCCCUGGAGUCCACGUGAGGUCUGCUGUCACCGCACCCCUCCUUGCCGGAGGUCUCGUUGGCCUCUUGUUGGAAACGCUGCAAAAAGUUUCUUUUUUCCGUCGUCUGCCGAGGGACCGGGCUCUUGACGUUAUUGACACAGCUGGUUUGAGGCGACUGCUGCUGAACGUGGUUCCUGGAGGGCCAAAGCUGUCUGGCCAAGACGCAGCUGCUGUUGACUGAAUGAGGGGAGACGGAGACAGAGACAGACAUGAGAGUCAUUUAAUGAGUGCGGACACUUUCUUCAAUCCUAUAUCAAUGUUGGACUCCUGAGGUCUUUUUGUCAUCGUGUCUGAGGAAGCGGCUGUACGUUAUGCUUCAAAGCUCCUGGGCUGGUGUGCCAAAGAGACGUGAUUGUUCAAACUGGACAGAUCUGAAAAUGAAACCCUUUUUUAUGUUCGUUUUGGGGUCUAGCACUGGUUCCCCCGAGACGCCGAGGGGCGUCACCUCCUUUGUCUUCUGUGAAGACUUGCCUGUGUGGGGUUGAAGCACCCCAGCUUUAAAAGGCACACUAUAUACUGGACUCGAUUUUACAUUUGUGGAGUCUUUUCAAACAUUUAUACAUUGUGUAUAUAUCUUAAUAUAAAAGACAAUACAGUAAAAGCCUUGCUCUAGUAUAUACCCGUUGCAACAAGUGGGUACUGAGGAUUCUCUUUGUUUCAUAUUCUACUUUUAUCUAAGUAAACAAAUUGCAUAUUGAUCAGUAUGUUUAAGUUGAUUAUGCCAAAAAUCAAGUAGGCUUUCUAAGAAUUGUGCAAAAAUGUGUACAUGUGUAAUAUAUUUGAUAAUCGCUUUACGUGUGAAUACAGCCGACGGGCCUUGUUUGCACCCACCCUCUCACAAAUCAAAGUCACCUUGGUUGUUUGCCUUACUUUUGUGCUCAGAAGGUUUUUAUUGCGCAUUAGCCUUCAGAGAAAUUCACCAAUUUUCUCAACUCUGCAGCAUCCCAGAGUUUUUUUGUUCUUCUAAUUUUCACAGAAAAAACACAACCAAACCUUGAGCAGCUUUCACAGCAGCGGUUUUGAACUCGGCACCACAUAAACGACGUGAAUGCACGUUUGAGUCGGGGUGGCCAACGCUCGUUGUCCGGGUCUCUGAAGGUUAAUGUGAGAAAUCCUGAUCUGUGCUCAAGGGUUAAAAGUUACGUGGACAAAGUAGGAGGCUUUGCUCACCUCGCCUCUUCAGGGAAAACUAUGUGAAAUGCAGUUUUUAUUUGUCAAUGAUGAGAGAAAAAGUGUUGCCCCCUCCACAGAGAAGGCCUCUUUCCAGAGGACGCUUGGUAACCUCUGCCAACCCGCUCCACACUCCUCUCUUACGAAUGUAAAGAAAAGAUAAGUUAUUAAUAAAUUGCUAUUUUGUCUACA